CGACCAUCAUGGCAUACGACUACUACCGAAACUCACUUCCUGGCUGGGGGACAUCUCAAUUUCAACUUGGAGCGCCUCCAAUGCCCGGAUUUCAGCCACAACCAACAUGGACGGGUUUGGAUUUCUACAAUGCCCAUGCAUAUAACCCCGACCCAUCAUUUUACCAUUCGGUCAUGGGACGGCUCGGCUCUUCCUCCGGGUUUGCCCUGGAUCACCGCACCGCCCGCUAUUGGCAUAAUAUGAUCUAUAGAGGACUUACGCCCCUGACACAAGUAUUGCCCGCUGACAUCGGAGGGGCAGCCGCGUACGAGGUCUACCGAACGUGGAAAUACAACUCUUCGCUCUACGCUCCGCUCAGUGCGGAUCGCAUGACCCAGAGAGAGGGGCUCAUUGCUAUGGCGAUAGCGGAAGCUACUCGACUAUGGCCAUAUACUGGCCGCGCAAUGGACGCGUAUGGGCAGCGCGCCGCAUGUGAAGCAGCAGCAGCCACGGCUGCACACCUUGCUGACAGGUUCCUCACGUAUGCGGGCACCGGCGGUGUCUCCGCAUUUCCGCCCAGCCCUAUGGUCUCGCCUUAUAACGCAGGAGGAAACCUUCCAGGGUACGGUGGUUCCGCAUACGGCGGCGGCGUCCCUUACGCCGGCAGCUCUGCCUCGUACGGUGGCUACUCACCUGGUGCGAUCUCGGCUCCUCCUGGGUCGACCGUCGUCGUGAGCCGUCCACGCCAUCGCUCUCACUCCCGCCAUCGCUCCCAUUCCCGCCAUCGACACUCUCAUUCAGAUGAUGGUCACCAUCACCACCAUCACCAUCGGGGGCGAAGCGUUGACGUUAUACAGACUGGAGGAGCUGGCGGAGCCAACUACCUCCCGUACAACAGCGGAUACGCUGGGGCGUCUGCCUACGGAGGUAUGGGCGGGUAUGGAGGCUCUUACGGAUCUGGAUAUGGAGGAGGUUAUGGGUACGGCGGGUAUCGUCGCUAUCCAUCAGAAUCUGGCUGCGUGAUCUGUUGAGUUUGGUGUAGGUGCCAGAUGUAUCCGAGAGCCAUGACCUUAAUGAUCUCUUAAUAACUUAUACUACUUGUAAGCUUGCUCAUGAAUGAUUGUAACACUAAUGCGUCG